CAGAGAGCCGCGCUGUGGCGCACGGAUUGGCUUUGGAGCACGGAAAACGGGAGCUGUUGGUUUUCUGAAGACAUGCGGGGGAAAUAACACACAUCUUCAACAUUGGAUCACUACAAAACUUUUUUUCUUUGCUCAUUUGUCUGAGGUUUCGGGGUCUGUUUAGUCCCAGUGGAGGUUUCCUGACUGCGCGCAGCGCCUCGUCUUCAUGGAGCUCUCCAGAUGACCGGACCCGCAGGCAGCGGGCUGCUCUCAGCAUCUUAAGGAGGCUCUCCACCGAGGAACAUGGCGAGAAGGAUGAGGGGGGCUCAUCUGCUCGCUGCUCUUUGUAGCUGCUGGAUCACGCUUUUCGGGGAAGCAGACGGACAGCAAACGUUUAACGAUGUUACCGGCUUCAGCCUGAGCCCGCCGUACUUCAACCUGGCUGCGGGCUCGCGGAUCUCUGCCUCCGCGACCUGCGGACAGGAUGAGGCUGGAGCGCCGCGGCAGGAUCUAUACUGCAAGCUGGUCGGAGGACCGACCACUGGACUUCCCACUCAAACGAUACAGGGUCAGUUCUGUGACUACUGCAACGCCGCCGACCCAAACAAAGCCCAUCCGGUGAGCCACGCCAUCGACGGGACGGAGCGGUGGUGGCAGAGCCCCCCUCUCUCCAGGGGGGUGGGCUACAACGGCGUGAACGUCACCCUGGACCUGGGUCAGCUCUUCCACGUGGCGUACGUCCUCAUCAAGUUUGCCAAUUCACCCCGCCCUGACCUCUGGGUGCUGGAGCGCUCCGUGGACCACGGGAGGACCUUCAGCCCCUGGCAGUACUUUGCACAUUCGAAGCGCGAGUGCAUCGAGAGGUUCGGGAAGGAGCCCAACGCCCGGAUACUGAACGAUGACGACCGGCUCUGCACCACAGAGUACUCGCGCAUCGUUCCCCUGGAGAACGGAGAGGUGGUGGUGUCUCUGGUCAACGGGCGGCCCGGGUCCAGAAACUUCACCUACUCUCCGGUGCUGAGGGACUUCACCAAGGCCACCAACGUGCGGCUGCACUUCCUGCGCACCAACACCCUGCUGGGCCACCUCAUCUCCAAGGCCCAGAGAGACCCGACCGUCACCCGCCGGUAUUACUACAGCAUCAAAGACAUCAGCAUCGGCGGACGCUGCGUCUGUCACGGGCACGCUCAGGUCUGCGGCGGCGCUCCAGACGAGGCCAAUCCCAACCGCCUGCAGUGUGAGUGCCAACACAACACCUGCGGAGAGUCAUGUGACCGCUGCUGCCCCGGAUUCAACCAGAAGCCGUGGCGAGCCGCCACUGUGGACAGCCCCAACGAGUGUCAGCCCUGCCAGUGCUUCUCCCAUGCAGCCGACUGUUAUUACGACCCAGAGGUGGAGAGGAGGAGAGCAAGUUUAGACACCUUCGGCAGGUAUGACGGAGGCGGCGUGUGCAUCAACUGCCAGCACAACACUGCAGGAGUGAACUGUGAGCAAUGCCUCGAAGGCUUCUACAGGCCUCAUGGAGUCGCUCCUGAAUCUCCCACUGGAUGCAUACCUUGUCGCUGUGACCAGAGGACCACCGCCGGCUGUCAGAUGGGAUCUGGAAGGUGCAUCUGCAAGCCGCAGUUUACAGGAGAGAACUGCGACCGCUGCUCCGACGGAUACUAUUACUACCCAGAGUGCAUCAGAUAUCCCGUUUACACCACGACCACCGAGUCCCCCGCCGGCCCCAUCGUGGUUCCCAGCGCCUGUCCUCCGGGAUUCUUCAACCCUCCCUACUGUCAGCCGUGUAACUGUGACUACAGCGGGACGGUGAGCGGAGUGUGUGACUCUGCGGGCCGCUGCCUGUGCCGUCAGGGCGUGGAGGGCGAGCGGUGCGACCGCUGCCGGCCCGGGUAUCACUCCUUCCCCAACUGCCAGGCCUGUUAUUGUGACUACAGCGGGACGGAGAGCGGCGUGUGUGACCCGGCGGGCCGCUGCCUGUGCCGUCAGGGCGUGGAGGGCGAGCGGUGCGACCGCUGCCGGCCCGGAUAUCACUCCUUCCCCAGCUGCCAGGCGUGUAACUGUGACUACAGCGGGACGGAGAGCGGACCGUGUGACCCUGCGGGCCGCUGCCUGUGCCGUCAGGGCGUGGAGGGCGAGCGGUGCGACCGCUGCCGGCCCGGAUAUCACUCCUUCCCCAGCUGCCAGGCGUGUAACUGUGACUACAGCGGGACGGCGAGCGGAGUGUGUGACCCUGCGGGCCGCUGCCUGUGCCGUCAGGGCGUGGAGGGCGAGCGGUGCGACCGCUGCCGGCCCGGAUAUCACUCCUUCCCCAGCUGCCAGGAGUGUGUGUGUGACGGAGCCGGUGUGGCCGAACGUGUGUGCGGCCCGGACGGUCGCUGCUCCUGCCUCCCCAACUUCGGAGGAGCGGAGUGCGACGAGUGCGCCCCGGGUUACUACGGAUACCCCGACUGCGCUGUGUGCCGCUGUUCUCCUGAAGGCUCGUACGGCGCGGCGUGUAACCCGCUGUCCGGUCAGUGCCUGUGUCUUCCGGGUGUGGUGGGCCAGCAGUGUGACCGCUGUGCGUCUGGACUCAGGUUCCCACAGUGUUCAGCUCCCGUCCUCGCAUGCAACGCAGCAGGAACCGAGAGUUCCGACCCUCAGACAGGCUCCUGUCGCUGUCGCGCCAACGUGGAGGGAAACCAGUGUGAGCGCUGUAAACCGCUCUACUGGAAUCUGGCCGCAGACAACCCUCGAGGCUGCACAGACUGCGAGUGCGACCUGAAGGGGACGCUGAGCGGCCUCGGAGAGUGCAGGCAGGGAGACGGACAGUGUUUCUGUAAGCCCGCUGCCUGUGGACAAGCCUGUGAUACCUGUAAGGACGGUUACUUCCUGCUGCAGAAGAAGAACUAUUUUGGGUGUCAAGGGUGUCAGUGCGAUGUGGGCGGCGCGAUCGACUCUUCGUGCGACGAGACGUCAGGACAGUGCCGCUGUCGGAAUCACGUCGUCAGUCGUAACUGCACAGAGCCAGCGGCGGGCUACUACUUUCCCAAUCUGCACCACCUGAAGUUUGAGGUGGAGGACGGCACGACGCCGGCCGCCCGGCCUGUGCGCUUCGGUUUCGACCCGCAGGAGUUCCCAGAGUUCAGCUGGAGGGGUUACGCUGUCAUGUCUCCUGCACAGAGCGAAGUCAGAGUAACAGUGCAUGUAGAUCCGAAAGAUGGGAGGCAGCACUUAUACCGAGUGCUCCUGCGGUUCAUUAACCCCCGCAGCAGCAGUGUGACUGGUAGCAUCCAGGCCACCAGUACCAGAGGCACUGCAGGGCCGCAGCAGAGUAAGGAAGUAGUUUUUCCCCGGAGUCCCUCGCCGGCCUUCCUCACUGUCCCGGGGGACGGCUUCGCUGAGCCCUUCACACUGAAUCCUGGGAAGUGGAUCAUUCACAUCAAGGCGGAAGGCGUCCUGCUGGAUUAUUUGGUGCUGCUGCCCCGGGAAUACUACGAAGCUCCUGUGCUGCAGGAAAAGAUCACCGAGCCCUGCACGUACCUGCCCAGCGCAGACAAGCGGGCACACUGUCUCCUGUACAAACACCUUGCCAUGGACGGCUUCAGCAACACCCUGGGCUCACAGGGACGUCUCUCCGCCCGCGGGGGUCGCAGGAGGAGGCAGGCUCGUGUGCGGCGCCUCACCCCGGACCACCCCAACAUGGCUGCUCUCGACGGGAGACAGUCGCAGCUGGAGCUCAGUCUGCGGGUGUCCCAGCCCGGUCUGUACGCCCUCGUGCUCGAGUACGCCAGCGAGGUGGACACGACGCAGAACGUCAACGUGCUGAUGAGCGGCGAGUCGAGAGGCCGGAUCCCGGCCAGGGCCAACAUUUACAGCUGCGCCUUGAGCCAUCUAUGCCGGAGUGUCGCAUUGGACAGCAGGAAUCAAGUAGCCAUGCUGCAGUUGACUCACAGGACCGAAGUGCUUCUGCAAACAUCCACCACGUCCUUCUUCCUGUAUAAAGUUUAUGCAUUGCCCGCGGAGGUUUUCUCCAUUCAGUAUGUGAACCCCAAAAUGCUGUGUGUUUCCACUCAUGGGCGCUUCACUGAAGACAGUCUGCACUGCAUUUUGAGUGAAUUCGACAAACCUUCCUUCGCCUGGAUUCUGUACGCGGCUCAGGACGGAAAGCUGUCGUCCUCCGCAGCUCCCGCUCCACAGCGAGCGGAGAGCGAGGACUGGAGGAGGAGGCGACAGUCGGGGGGUUUCCCCCUCCGUGAACCUCCCAUAGACGGGAUACUGCUCAAAUACCCUCAGACGGAGAUCAGUUUCCGUCCGGAGGUGCCGCUCCCAGGCAGGUAUGUGGUGGUGGUCCAUUACCAUCAGCCUGAGCAUGCGUCCUUCCCUGUGGAGGUGCGAGUGGAUGCUGGAAAAGAAUGGAAAGGUGGGAUCAACGCCACCUUCUGUCCCGCCGUCUCGGGCUGCAGGCAGGUCGUCAUCGCCGACGGCCGCAUCGCCCUGGACUUCGACAGGGAUACCUGGCAGCGGCCCGCCGUUUCGUUGACUGUACCACCGAAUAAGACUCUCAUCCUGGAUUAUAUCAUGCUGGUUCCUGAUGACAGUUACACACCGGAGCUCCUGAAAGAGAAGCCGCUGGACAAAUCUGCAGAAUUCACACAGCAGUGCAGAGGAGAAGGCUUUUAUAUUCAUCCCUCUGGUUCGUCUCAGUUCUGCCGGGAGUCGGCCCGCUCUCUCGUGGCUGCGUAUAACGACGGCGCGCUGCCGUGCGACUGUGACCCGUCCGGAUCUACCCGGACCCUCUGCGACCCGGACGGGGGUCAGUGUCCCUGCCGGCAGCACGUCAUCGGCCGGAGGUGCACCAAAUGCGCCACAGGAUACUACGGAUUCCCCUACUGCAGGCCGUGCGAAUGCGGCCGCAGACUCUGCGACGAAGUGACGGGACGCUGCAUCUGCCCUCCUCAGACCGUCAGACCGGCCUGUGACGUCUGCCAGAAUCAGACUUUCAGCUUCCACCCCCUGCUGGGCUGCGAGAGCUGCGGCUGCUCGCCAAACGGCGUGCUCGCCAACCCCGGGCCUCAGUGUGACCGCCUCACCGGACAGUGCAGCUGUAAGCCUCGGAUCGGAGGCCGGCAGUGCGACCGCUGCGCCGCGGGCUUUUACCGCUUCCCCGACUGUUUGCCCUGCAACUGCAACCAGGGGGGGGUCACGGCCAACGUGUGCGACCCGGACACGGGCCGGUGCCUCUGCAAGAGAAAUGUCGCUGGCAGCAGGUGCAGCACCUGUCGGGAAGGGUCCUUCUAUUUCGACCGCUCCAGCCCCUUCGGCUGUACCAGCUGCUUCUGUUUCGGAGCCACUGACCGGUGUCAGAGCUCCAGAAAGCGCAGGGGGAAGUUUGUCCAGAUGCGAGGCUGGCGUCUGGAGAGCUCCGAGAACGAGGACGUCCCGUCGGUCUUGAACGCGGCCAGCAACACGGUGGUGGCCGACGUUCAGGAGCUCCCCUCCGUCGUUCAGGCUCUGCACUGGGUGGCGCCGCAGUCCUACCUGGGAAACAGGGUUUCAUCUUAUGGCGGAUUCCUCACCUAUCAGGUCAAAACGUUCGGGAUUCCCAGUGAAGGAAUGAAGCUGAUCAGCAAAAGGCCCGACGUCAUACUGACUGGUCAGAACAUGACUCUGAUCCACAUGGCUCCUCAGGAUCCUCUCCCUGACAGACUGUAUCAGGGCCGAGUGCAACUUCUGGAGGGAAACUGGCGUCACGCCGGCACCAACAGGCCCGUGUCCAGAGAGGAGCUGAUGAUGGUCUUGGCCAACCUGGCGGGCCUCAGGAUCCGGGCCCUGUACUUCACCCAGAGCCAGCGCCUCAGCUUGGGGGAGGUGGGCCUGGAGAGGGCCACCGGCUCUGGAACCGGAAGCCCCGGGAACACCGUGGAGGUCUGUUCCUGCCCCCCUCAGUACGACGGAGACUCCUGUGAGAGAUGUGCUCCUGGUUACUACAGAGAGUCCAGCCUGGGCAGCUGUAUUCCGUGCAAAUGUAACGGGCUGGCGGACGAGUGCGAGGACCGGACGGGGAAGUGCCUGGACUGCCAGUACAACUCGGCUGGGGACCAGUGCGAGCGCUGUAAAGACGGUUAUUAUGGGAACGCGGCUCAGAGGACGUGCAGAGUGUGCCCGUGUCCGUUCACCACGCCUGCAAACAGCUUUGCAGUCGGGUGCAUGGACGUGUUUGGAGACGUUAAGUGUCUCUGCAAAUCCGGCUACACUGGUGAACGAUGUGAGAACUGUGCUCCCGGUUACUACGGCGACCCGCUCACUCCAGGAGGAAGCUGCAAGCCCUGUAACUGUUUCGGCAACGGUAACAACUGUGACCGCAAGACUGGAGUUUGCAAGAGCACACUGGAGCCGGGGGACACAAACAUAGACGAUACCUGCAAAGAAUGUGACAACUGUGCCCAGACGCUGCUGCAAGACCUGGAGAAGCUGGACGACGAGCUGGGAAGGAUCAAGAGUCAGCUGGACAAUGCAACCGCCAGCGCCUCGUCUCAGGAGAGGCUGAAGAAGCUGGAGAAGGCCGUGCAAGACACCAAGACCCUUGUUAACAAAUACGACUCCGCCAUUAAAGGCCAAAAGUCAAAGGUCACUCAGCUGGAGGAGGACAUGAACACGCUGGAGGACGACAUCAACGCUGUCAAGAACAAGGCGGAUAAGAAGGAAGCUGAUGCCGACAAGGCUGUCAACGACAUCGAAAAAACUCACAACAGAGCCAAAGAUUUGGACUCGGAGAUUCAAAAAAUGCUCAAGAAAAUCAAAGAUCUCCUGGACCAGCUGCAGAAUGAAGGCAACAGAGGUGAUACUCCGAAUGUAAACCUGGCCAAGCUGCUGGAGGACGCCAAGAAAAUGGUGGAUGAAAUGGAGAAGAGGAACUUCACCCCUCAGAAGACAGCUGCGGAGAAAGAAAGAGAUGAAGCCAAGAAACUGUUGGACGACAUCAAGACGAAAAUCACGACUCAGGCAGAUCAAAACGGGGCUGCAGCUGAGAAGAUCCGUAACCUCCUGAAGGAUUACGACUCCAAGCUGAAGGACCUGGAUAAAGCUCUGAAGGAUGCAGCGGACUUGGUGAAAAAAGCCAACACGCAGAACGGACUGAACGGGCAGACUCUGGGAGAUCUGCAGGACCGUAUCGAUGACAUGAAAAAGGAGCGUAAGACGGUGGAGGAUCAGAUGAAGUUGGCUGAGGGCGAGCUGAAGAAAACAGAAGAUUCGUUGAAAAAGCUCAAAGACGGUAAAACGGAGUACGAGCAGCUGGCGGCACAGCUGGACGGCGCCAAGACCGAUCUGACCAAGAAAGUCAACGACAUUUCCAAGGCCGCCGGCAUGAACAACGUCGUGGAGGCCGCCGAAGACCACGCUAACAACCUGGAGAAUCUCGCCAAGGAGUUGGAGGAUACCGUGAAGAGUGCAAGCGACCGCCCGGAGGUGCGCAACGCAAAAGACGCCAUCGACGCCUACAAGAACAUCACAGAUGCCAUCAAUGCCGCCGACGCAGCCGCCAAGGAGGCCAAAAAGGCAGCAGACGAGGCUUUUAAUAACGUUAAAAAGCAGAAGCUUCCCGAAAGAGCGCAACAGAUGAAAGAAGGAGCGAAUGAACUUUUGAAGGAAGCUCAGGAUGCACAGAAAGACCUUCAGGGCCCGUCCAGCGAGCUUUCAGACCUGCUGAAGCGCCUGGCAGACGCAGACAACAAGAAGAAUUCUCUGGAGGACAGCCUCCAGGACACCGUCAAUCAGCUCAAUAACAUCAAGCCAGCGGCUGACAUAGGCAACAUGAUCGAUGAGGCCAAGAGAAAAGCGGCAGCAGCCAACGACACAGCCUUCGACACCAUGGGCCGACUCGACGAAAUCAAAAAGGAGCUCGACAAGAUCAAACUCUCGCCCUCGGGUUCCGACCUUGGGGGGGUUUUAGAUGACGUGGACCGAUCAGUGAAGAACUUGUGGAAAACCAUCCCAUCUCUGAGCGAUAAGAUCUCGCAGGUGGAGGACCUGACCACAUCGUUCACACCAAUCACCAACAUCUCCAACCACAUCAACAAGAUCAAGGACCUCAUCGAACAGGCCAGAGACGCAGCCAACAAGAUCGUGAUCCCUAUGAAUUUCGCCGGCGACGGCCACGUGGAGCUCCGUCCACCCAAGAAUCUGGACGAUCUGAAGGCCUACACCGCCUUGUCCCUGUCCCUGCAGAGGCCCGAGGGCCGGGGAGACGGCAAGCGCAGGCGCAGACAGGCCAGAGAGAAAGAGGACCUGUUCGUGAUGUAUCUGGGCCACAGAGAUUCCUCUAAGAACUACAUCGGCAUGGCUUUAAGGAACAACAUCCUGUUCGGCUUCUACAAGCUCAACGGAGUCGAGUACGAGAUGCAAAGUGGCUACAUCUCCAAAUCUGCUUCCGAGCCUGCCAAGUUCGACAGAGUGGACCUCCGCAGAAUUUACCAGGAUGCACAGAUGAGUCUGACGAAAGACAUAACCUCCACCAAACCCGGGGAACCCAUCAUUAGAAACAAGCAGGGCGAGGAGAGUAAGAACCUGCUGGACCUCAACCCCAGUGAUGUGGUUUUCUACGUUGGAGGCUACCCCGACGACUUCACUCCACCUCCUUCUCUCCAGUACCCCAAAUACAAGGGCUGCAUGGAGUUCUCCUCCUUCAAUGACAAAGUCAUCAGUCUCUACAACUUCCAGAAGGCAGUGAAUAUUAACAGAGAGACUCCGUGUAAGAGGUAUGUUCCUCCGGAAGAUACGCACUUCUACGAAGGCACUGGAUUUGGAAAAGUGAUCGUUGAUAAAUUCUUGUCGACGCUCUUCAUCGAAAUGACCAUCAAUUCUCGCUCAGAAAAUGGCCUGCUCCUGUACAUUGCUGGCAAGGACAAAUACUUCACUUUGACCACAGAGAAGGGCGUCAUUUACAUCCGUAGCAACGUGAUCAGCACACCGGCUACAGAGAACAAGAAACUACUCCCUACGUCAAAACCGAUCGAUAUCCAGGUCAUCAUAAUCCCCAAAGGAGACGUUUUAGUGCGUGUGGACGGUCAGCUUGCUGCCAAAGCUACAGCUCAAUUCAAAUUAGACGAAUUCAAAGAGUUCUACACUGGCGGAGCACCACAAGAGUUGAGGGAAAGGUAUAACAUCACCAUUCAGCCGUUCAAAGGAUGCUUGAGGAAUCUGAAGCUACAUAAAUCCUUUAAGCUUGUUGAUGAGCCAGUGGGCAUCAGCAAAGGUUGCCCCAAGGAAUCUCUGGUUCCUCGUAAAGCAGAGUUCGCCCUCGGCAGCUCGCUCUCUUCUGCACUUACAGGCUUCAGUCUGGAAAAUGACGUGACCGUUUCCAUCGGGUUUAAGAGCACGGAGAAGGAGGGGCUCAUCCUGCAGGACAAGAAACUGGCUAACGGGGUCAGCCUGGAAAUAGACAACGGCUAUGUGAUCGCCGUCUUUAACGACAAGGCGUUUAAAUCCAACAAGCAGUACCACGAUGGCGUGUGGCAUUACGUAACUGUCAGAAGACGAGCCGGAAAGGUGGAGAUGCUGAUCGACGAUGAGGACAGCGGUCAGGAGCAGCCGGACGCCGUCAACAUCCCGGACACUUCUGGCGUUGUUUACCUGGGAGACGAGAAGUUCAAAGGCUGCCUCUCCAACUUCUACACCAGACGACCAAACAGCCUGUACAAAGCUGAAGACUUGAGCGAAUUCACGGCUUCCGGCGACGUCCUGCUGGACACCUGCACGCCCGACACCCUCGCUCAGCUCAUGAUGGACCGCCAGUCCAAGAAGAGAUGAAGAAGAAGGAGUCCUAAGACGCUGCCGAUGGCGACAACAACAACAACAACAGUCUAACACUGACUCCAAAAAGCGGCCCACAGCUUACGCACAACCUCACUCACCUGCAGUGUUCUUCAAUAAAAGAAACAAACAUGCAUGGACGCUUCAGUAACCACAACAUUGACUAAAUGUGUUGUUUUUUGUGGGUUCUAUUUAAGUUCAAUAACCACAAUCCUGUGAAUAACAACCUUGAAAUUAU